CGGAGUAUUAUACUCCUAGACGCGAUAUUGCCUCUCUCUCUUCAUACCUCCUCUCUGCGGUGGGCUAGGGUUUUGCGUUCUAAUCUAGGGUUUCAGGUGCUUAUUCGUGAUGUCAAGAGUAUAUGUUGGAAAUUUGGACCCUAGGGUCACUGAACGAGAUCUUGAAGAUGAGUUCCGUACCUUUGGAGUGAUAAGAAGUGUUUGGGUUGCAAGAAGGCCACCUGGCUAUGCUUUUAUCGAUUUUGAUGACCGAAGAGAUGCACAGGAUGCAAUCCGGGAAUUGGAUGGUAAGAAUGGUUGGAGAGUUGAACUCUCUCACAAUUCCAGAGGUGGAGGUGGGGGACGUGGAGGAGGGCGUGGUCGCUCUGGUGGUUCUGACUUGAAGUGCUAUGAAUGUGGCGAAGCUGGUCAUUUUGCGCGUGAGUGCCGGCUCCGUGGGGGUGGGGGUGCAGGAAGGCGUCGCAGUCGCAGCCCACCUAGAUAUAGGAGGAGCCCAAGUUAUGGUCGAAGGAGUUACAGUCCUCGUGGUCGUUCCCCUCGUCGUCGCAGUGUGUCUCCUCGUGGCCGUAGCUACAGCCGAUCUCCUUACCGUGGACGAGAUGAAGUUGCCUAUGCUAACGGAAAUGGUAUCAGAGAACGACACAGAAGCAGGAGCUGAAGCAAUGGAGUAUUGUUUCCAGAUGCAUUGCUGAACAUUUGGAAUUGUGUUUUUACUUAGCUUGAACUAGAUCACAACUAUGUAAGUGGGGCCACCAUUUUGCUUCAACUGCUGGAUUUGGUUAAGUUUUCCUUUCUUUUGAUACUAAAUGUAUUGGCUUCAUAGUAUAUGUUCCUUGCUGAACUUAGUAUCUAGUUACUGUUGCUUUGAAUUUAUAGACGAUUGGAUCUAUGGUAGGUAAUAUUUUAUUGAGAAGAAUAUAUCUCUAAAGACACUGCUAAAUGUUUUUCUGUUUUUGUGCCGAGGUGUCGUCCUGGUACUACUGCUUCAUUGGUUUGGUUUCUGCUUCUACACUCCGUGGUUUUGUUCUUCUCUGCCCUGCUGUGGGAUCUUCAAUUUGAAUGAUUGUGGACCCCAGCUGGCUACUUCGCUAGAAGCUUCUAUUUGUUUGAAUCUCUGCAGCUAUGAUGCGUCUCACCUCAAAUCAUAGUGGUAUUUCUUUAACAUAUUAAGGAUGAGGAACAGCUUCAAACACUUCUGGCAGGUAUUUAAUCUGUUCCAGAGAUGUUGGGGAAUUAAUCUUGUCCUUAAUCCACAUUGAGAUUCAUACUCCAAUUGAGUUGCUAUGUCUGGGAUCCUAAACUCCAAUAGUAGUGAGAAGUUCGCAUUGGAUUAAGUGCCUAUAUAGAAUUAUUUUAAACCACACCUACUCAAUUAUUUUUUCUAUUAGUGCUGCAUCUCUUUUAAAAAAAAGUUUGGUUUUGUUGGGUAUUCAUUUGCAUAUUUUCCAGGAGAAAAAUGAUUUAACAAAUAGCAGUUAAAAUAUGCAGGAUAAAUUUUAUUUUCCCAUCACAGGGGGAUAAUGCCUUCUCCUUUUUUAUUUGCUUACCCCCUACUCUACCUUGAUUAGAGACAUUUAAAAGAUCCAAACAUAUCUAAAAUAUGCCAUUUAGAUUUGAUCUCCUUAUUAGUUGGUAGUGCUUACCAUAAUUGUAAGGUGGAAUUUUUAUUGGUAAUUAAGAGUGUUUUAUUCUCCAUUAUUUGUCGCUAUAGUAUGGGUGGGCUGUGUUCAUGUUGUGCAGUGCAUAGAAAAUGGAAUUAGAGUAGUGAAUUGGUCCCUAUUUGCCUUCAAGUGAAGAGCUUGCUUGACUUACUCCAAUCAUUUUUUCAUCAAGUGGAUUGAGACACGCCUUCAUAUCCAAGAACAGGGCUGGUUCUGGUAUAAUGCAUUUUUGCCUGUUGUAACUAGUGAAUUCUGUUACUACUAUGGAAUCCAAGAACAGGGCUCGGUAUGGCAUAACCCCUAUUAUGCUUGUCAUCACUUGUGAAUUCUGUUGCUCCGUUGGAAUCCUUCACCAAAUAGCCUUGUAUAGCUUCUAGUCAUUAUUAUUAGUCUUUUUUAAACCGCUACAACCAUCGACUCUUGUAUUCAUUUCAGUUAGUUUUUAUCAUGAGUAAAAAAAAAUUACCUGCCUGUAUGAACUUGGCUGGGCAUGUUUUCUUAGGCUGCUCAACCCUUUUGACCAA